AUGACAGGAACAAUUUUUACUAACUUUGAUUACCAUCUCAAAAAUGAAAAAAAGCAAAUUUUACUUCUCAUGGACAAUUGUCCUUCACAUUGUGUUCCAUCAAAUUUGGAUAACAUAAAAAUGUUGUUUUUUCCUCCAAAUAGUACUGGUCUUAUUCAACCUGUGGAUUUGGGUAUAAUAAAAACAUUUAAAACACAUUUUACUCGACACAAGUUAAUGUAUUUGACUGAUUUGUUGGAACAGCAAAAUAUUUCAGUAUACAGUUCCUACAAAAAGUUAACUCUAAAGGAUACUGUAAUUUUCGUAAAAAUGGCUUGGGAAGAUGUGUCUGAAAAAACGAUUGCAAAUUGUUUUGGAAUUUUAAGCAACCCAUUCAAAAAGAAUCAUGUAGUUGAAGUUCAAGAUAUUGCAGUAGAAAAAACUGACAUUUUUGAUCCCUUAGAAGUCGAAGAAUUUCUUAAUUUUGAAUAUUCUGAAAAUGAUACAUUUCAAGACGUUGAGGAUAUUGAAAAUAUAAAAAAUGAAGAAGAAGUAGAAGCUGAAGUAGAAUCCAAUGAAGUAGAAUCCAAUGAUUCAAUUGACAAAUAA